CCUCUCUCUCAACCUUUCCUCUCCGUACUCUCCGUAUCCUCAAAAAGUAUCUUCACAUAUAAAUUCACACAGACAAAACACUUUUCCAACCAUCAAAAACCAUCUUCUCUUUCUCUCUCUCCUCAUGACCGAUCAAAACGGUUUCGCGGUCGACGACGGCGAUGGCGACGACCGCAACCCCAACCGCAGCCACCAUAGACACAGCCAAAGCCACUCUCCCACCUCCAUAUCUCAAAAACUCCAUUCCUCCAUCUCCAACAUCUCAUGCUGUUUCGCUCCAAACAAAAACCCAAACCACCAUCCCAUCAGCCCCGUCCACGUCACCAAGUCUCGGAUUCUCGGCCGAAGCUCCUCCGCCUGGAUGAAAUUCCGGGAAAAUCAUUAUCAUGAAUUUAACAUGUGUCGAACCCUAAUCUCGCGUAUCAGGCACGGUCGCCACCGCCGCCACCACUCCGCCGAUUUCCACUACGACGCGCUAAGCUACUCGCGCAAUUUCGACGGCGAGGACGCCCACAAUGCCGACGAUGGUUUCCCCUUCAGAAGUUUUUCCUCGAGACUGCCACAAUCUCCUCCGGCUGCAAACAAUGCCGAAGACGAUGAUGAUGAUAAUGAUGAAGACGAAGAAAAGAACAGUCCGACACCGUCGUCGGCGGCGGCGACGGGGGCGAGGGAGGAGAUAACUAUAACUUAUAUAUGAUUAAUUAGAGUUUUUUUAAGAGAUGACGUGGCAGUCAGUUAUUGGUGGGAUUUUGUUUUGCAUGGAGAAAUUGAUUGAAUUAUGAGUGUACAUACGACGUCGUAAUUAAGUUAGCAGCUGACGUUUUUCGGGCUAGGCAGUAAUAUCUUUUAUUUCUAUAACACAUUAGACGAUCUCCAUGGGGUUGCCCCCACAUAUGCAUAUGCAAUGUGGUCUCUUGACAAUGACCAUAUAGUAUUUUUUUUUUUUUUUAAUUUUUCUUAUUAAAAAGAAGUUAUUUUUUUUUAGAAAAAAAUUAUUUUUUACUUAAAUAGUUAUUGAUGGUGUGAAUUAUAAUGGGUAACUUAGUUGUAGUAUUUUUUUUAAGAGAAGAUGACAAAAUAAAAAAAAUUAAUAUUUUAAAAUGAUGUGUAUAUUUUGAAAACUAUAGGUGUUGCCUCUAUUAGAGAUUUAUAAGUUAUUUUUGUUGAUGGUUUAGUUUGGUCUGGAUUUUAUUCUUUUCGAACUAAACAAGUAAUGUUGGUUUUUCAUUCUUUUCGAAAUCAAAUAAAUUAAUAUUCCUAACAUAAUGUUAAAGUAAUUAUUAAUAUUCCAGGUCCGAUGGAGAGUUUGGACCACUUAAUUUCAGAUCACCUUUCCCCUAUUGAGCAAAUGGAUUUAGAGUUAAUUCCAUGGCAUGAGGAAAUUAGGCAAACACUCUUCUUUAUGGGGAGUGUAAAGGCCCUAGGACCGAACAGUAUGUCUGUUUUGUUUUUUAAACACUAUUGAAACUCAAUUGGCGCGGAGUUGUGUGAGGCUGUUGUGUGGAUUUCUUUCAUUUAGGCUCUUUGCAUAAAGGCUUCAACGAAACAAAUGUUGUCAUGAUUCCUAAGGUUCCCAAUCCAAAGAAAAUGUCGCAAUUCAGGCCUAUCUCUCUUUGCAAUGUGAUUUACAAAGUUAUCUCGAAAAUCAUUGCAAAUAGGAUUUCAGACCGAUUCUUCACAGGCUGAUUUGUCCCACACAUGCCGUUUUUGUUCCAGGGCGGAAUAUUCAAGACAAUAAUGUUCUUGUUCACGAGAUCAUCCAUUCUUUUAAACCCAAGAAAGGGGAAUGAGGGUUUUUUUGCACUAAAAAUUGACCUUGUUAAAGCCUAUGAUAAGCUAAGCUGGCAAUUUAUUGACCAUUCAGAGUUUUAAGGCUUUCGACAAGUUUUGUAAUUGGGUCCAGCAAUGCAUUUCUUCGACUUCCUUCAAUAUUUGCCUUAAUGGAGGUUCAAUUGGCAGGAUUACUCCUGAAUGUGGAAUUAGACAAGGGGACCCCCUGUCCCCUUAUCUCUUUAUCUGGGUUGCAAACAUCCUCACCCGUAUUCUUGAAAAUGCCCUAGAUGCCAGAAUAAUUAAAGGUAUCAAGUUGACAGGAAUGGUCCUCGACUUUUCUCAUCUUUUCUUUGUAGAUGAUCUUAUUAUAGUUGGUAGGGCCACCUUGGGAGCAGAGCCGGACCUGAGCUAAGACGAAGGAGGCAGCCGCCUUAGGCCCCCCACCACUCAGGGGUCCAUUUUAAAAAAAUAAUAUAUAUUUAGUAAUAAAAUAAAUAAUAAUACUUUUAAUGCUAAAUAUGUGUUGUAGCCUAGUGGUAAUUUGAUUAGUUUAACAACUAAGAUGUUGAGAGUGUUGGAAAUUAUUUUACCAAGAUCUUAGAUCUACUCACAAGUAUGUUGAUUAACACCCUAAAUAUGAACUUUCUAAAACGAUGAAAUAAACACAUAUAAAGUUUAGGAAACCUUACAUUGGGUGCAGCGGAACAUAAUGACUCCUUCCGUUCAGAUAUCUAGUCCUUGAUUCCUUUCUGUAGCAGAGCAUUAUCAAUAUCUGAACCUGGAUCUCUUUCUCUGAAUCUUUGAUGCUGAAACCUCCUUCUUGCUGAAAGUCUUUCUUCACGAUCUUCCUCACUAUGAUUGAGGUAUCACUUGCUGUGUGUGGGCACUACUCUCACACUAAGAUUUUCGAAAUUGAAGAGGGAAGGAGAAAGAGAAGGGUCGGCCAAAGAUAGGGAGAGAGAAGGCUCAGAUUUUUCUGAAUGAAAAUUAAACCUACAAUUUUGAAAAAUUAGGUUUCAACCAACCUAAAUUUCAUUUCAAAAUUUGGUAACUACUUUUAAAAAUUAAAUGU